AUGGUGGAUAAAUUACACGAGUACGAGGGUUUCGCUGGAAGGGUGCACGGCGUUCGUGAUAAAAUUAAAGAGAAAUGGGAGGUGUGGAAAGAGUGGAAAAACGGGAUACCAUUGGACCAAGGUAUCGAAGGGGUUUUGAACCAUCUCCGUGGACCACCGAAACUCGAGAGAACUUUGGACGAUUAUGCACAUGUUUAUAGAAAAAAGACACGAGGCGAACUAGUACGUGUAUCCGCGGCUGUUAUGGGAAUAGAAUUCUCUUACGCAGCUGAAACAGCAUUCGUAUCGCCCACGUUAUUAAAAAUCGGCGUGGACCAUCAGCAUAUGACCCUCGUUUGGGCCCUCAGCCCUCUCAUUGGAUUCUUUGUUACACCGAUUUUGGGAAGUUUGAGCGACAGGUGCAGGUUGAAAUACGGAAGAAGAAGACCCUUUAUUUUAUUGCUAGCGAUUGGAGUGUUAAUCGGAUUGAUACUAGUUCCAAAUGGCGAAGACAUGGGUUACGCUUUCGGAGAUACACCAUCGACUCACAUUAACUAUACCGUUCCGCUUGGGCAUCGAACCACAGCGAAACAAGCAAAAGAAGAUUCAAUUAAACCCCCAUCGCAUUCCUGGGGAAUCUUCUUCACGAUUUUAGGCACGGUUCUUCUCGAUUUCGACGCGGAUGCUUGUCAGAGUCCGGCUAGAGCUUAUUUACUCGACGUCACCACACCUGAGGACCAUGCAAGAGGUUUAAGUACGUUCACCAUAAUGGCAGGUUUAGGGGGUUUUAUGGGGUACGGGCUGGGUGGCAUAAAUUGGGAUGCCACAGCAAUAGGUGUCAUGCUCGGUGGACAUCUUCACGCCACGUUUACAUUAAUUACCAUCAUCUUCGUUAUUUGUGUAUCUUGUACCAUCACCAGUUUCAAAGAGAUCCCUUUGGAAUUGCUAGAAAGGGAUGAAUACCAGCAACUCCAAGAACAAAGGAAAUCUGAAGAAAAGAGUGAUGAACAAAAGGAGUAUGAUAAAAUCACCACAGAUGAAUGCGCAUCUUAUGGAACAGUGGAAAAUGAUCAAGAAGUUGCUACAAGAAGAGAUGAAUUUGUUCUAAAACCUCUUCCAGUACAGGAAUCAGAAAAGAGGGCUGGUCAAGUACCUAUGAUGCCAGAUUCAACAACAGAAGGAAACAAUUAUAUUCAACCUGAUUUUGACGAGAAUAUGGAAGGAAAUCCUAAAGCUACUUUAAGGGAAUAUCUUCUUUCUAUAGUGUACAUGCCGCACAGUCUUCGCAUGGUGUGUUUAACAAACUUGUUCUGCUGGAUGGCCCAUGUUUGUUACUCUCUUUACUUCACCGAUUUUGUUGGAGAAGCUGUUUAUGGGGGUGAUCCACAGGCACCGGAUGGCAGUAAAGAACGAGAACUCUACGAAAGUGGUGUUCGUUUUGGAUGCUGGGGAAUGUCUAUGUAUUCCCUUUCCUGUUCAUGUUAUUCAUUAAUUAUUGAAAGAUUAAUUGAACGCUAUAAAGCUCGAAGGGUUUACAUUUGCGGGCUAUUAUUCUACAGUACUGGAAUGAUGAUGAUGGCGUUGACAAAACAUCCCGUGGGAGUAAUUGUGUUCUCUUGGACCGCUGGUGUUAUGUACUCCACGUUGUUCACUAUGCCCUAUUUGUUAGUUGCACAUUAUCACGCCUCGUCGACUUUCGAGGUGACAGCAGAGGGUGAAGCCAUUCAAAGCGGAGGUGUCCGUGGUCUUGGCACAGACGUGGCAAUCGUCUCCUCCAUGGUGUUCCUAGCGCAAUUUCUACUCUCCUGCUGUUUGGGAACGAUAGUUAGCCAAUCUGGAACCACCACAGCGGUGGUGUGUGUGGCGAGCACCCUUGCUGCAUGUGGAGCCAUUUCUGCAACACAAGUCAUGUAUCUGGAUCUCUGA